GUGAAGCUAAUAAUCAUCACUCGUGAGAUUAGCUAUGAAGGCAGGGAGCGGCGUUCGCAUGGCUACUGGCAACGGGGAGAACAGCUACGCCGCAAACUCCCGGCUCCAAGAGAAGGCCAUUUUGGAGACAAGGCCGGUGCUUCGCGAGGCCAUAGAAGAGGUGUACAAGUCGCUCUCCGACCGACGGAGCAUGAUCGUCGUUGCCGACCUCGGCUGCUCGUCGGGCCCGAACACUCUGCGUGUCGUCUCCGAGGUGAUCGGCGCGGUCCAGUUCUACACUCGGAAGUCGGAAGAAGAACGGCGCGCCGUGGAGGUGCAGUUCUUCCUGAAUGACCUGCCAGGGAACGAUUUCAACCUCGUCUUCCGGUCACUGGAGGAACUUGAAGAUCUCGGCGGCAAAGAGACGCAGCCCUACUACGUGGCGGGCCUGCCGGGAUCCUACUACAGGAAGCUUUUCCCUUUCCGGAGCGUCCACCUCUUCCACUCGUCCUACUCCCUCAUGUGGCGCUCUAAGGUAUGCAUGCAUCAUAUUGUCUGCAAUGUGAUAAUUAUGUCCUAGCUAGUAUUGUUCAAGUUUUAGUUAAUUAACGAUGUGUAACAUCGUUGUUCGAUAAAUCAAGCUUUAUUUAUGUGGGCGUUGUCAGAUAUGAAUGAAGAAAA